AUGGCACUUGAUCAACCAGGUCAAAGUGAUAAAAUGACACGUAUAUUAACAACAGGAAAUUAUGUUUUUACUAGUAUAUUUACAGCUGAAGCAAUUUUAAAAAUAAUUGCUAAAGCACCAGCUAAAUAUUUUAAAAAUGGAUGGAAUGUAUUUGAUGCAAUUAUUGUUACACUUAGUCUUGUUGAAUUAGGUCUUGCAAAUAUAAAAGGAUUAAGUGUUUUACGAUCAUUUCGUUUAUUACGAGUAUUUAAAUUGGCUAAAUCAUGGCCAACACUUAAUCGUUUAAUGUCAAUUAUUGGUAAAACAAUAGGAGCUUUAGGAAAUUUAACAUUAGUUCUUGUCAUUAUUAUUUUUAUUUUUGCUGUUAUGGGCAUGCAGUUAUUCGGUCCAAACUAUGCUACUAAAUUUGAUAAAAAUAUGCCAAGAUGGAAUUUUUCUGAUUUUUUUCAUGCAUUCAUGAUUGUUUUUCGUGUAUUAUGUGGGGAAUGGAUUGAAUCAAUGUGGACAUGUCUUGAAUGUGCUGGUUGGCCAUGUAUACCAUUUUUUCUUUUUACAUUUGUCAUUGGUAAUCUUGUGGUAUGUUAAAUUUAUCUAAUCGAUGAUUAUCUUUCCUAUCAAUUAUGACUCUGUUUUUUUUUUCGAAAUUGAAUAUUAUUAAAUAUAACUUUUUUUUAUUAUCGAUAAUGCAUUUGAAAUAGUAGAUAAAUGCUGUACUGUAAGAUGACUUUUUUUUUUUUCUUCAUAAAGUCUAUUCCAUUGAGACAAAUGAAUUAUGAUUUUGAACGAUUUAAUGUUAGAAAAAAAAAAAGAAAAGAUAUUUAUAUUCAUAUGAUAAAAGCUGUUAGUAUAAUCCCUACGGAAUUCAAUAUAUGAAACACGAUGUAGUUGCUCUUGCUAAUCAUAGGCGAUUUAUUUUAUUCGAUCUAUUUUGGAAUAUAUUUAUUUAUAUAUCCUUUUAUUCAAUCGUUCAGAAAUGCAAUAAGCAAAUAGUUUAUAAUAUAUUAGAACAUAUCCAGUUUUUGAUUGUAUUGCAAAAGCAUGUGUCACAAUCUGUGAGGAAUGUAAAUUAUAUUGCAGAUCUUUUAUAUUAUCUUAAGGAAUGCAGGAGUUUCUAGAUAAUUCUGGAAGAACUGAGAAAGUUCUACAUUAAUUAUGAUCAGGUAAGAUUUUGUUUUGUCACCAUUGAACUUUGAUGCGGUAAGAGACGAACACUGAGCAUUGAAAUAAUAUGUGGAAAAUAAUCGAAAAGUGUUGUAGGAAAUUCUGACUACAGAAAGAUCAUUUAUUGUGUACGUUAAUACUAACAUAUAGUAAUAGAAAUAAAACAUAAGUCAAGAGAUAAGAAAGAAAAUUUUUAAAAAAACGUUAUUUUUCUCGUUUUCCAACUGUAAAUGAUAAAUCAUCAUAAAUACGUGUUCUUUCAUUUAUUGCUCAUUUUUUUAGAAGAACAACCAUUAAAUGUAAAUUUCCAAUAUUUAGUAGUAGUUGUUGUUUUAUUUGAUUUGAAAAUAUAUUCAUUUGCUAUUAACAAAGGUUUUCAUUUUUGUCAAUUAAUAAAUGAAAUAGCUGGUGAUUUUAGUUGAAUUUCUUCUGUUGAAGAUGCGGCAGCUGCAGCCAUACUAGUAGGACAUUAGUUAUAUAAUUAUUCUUUGUCGGGUUCAUUCAUUUUAUCUACAUCAAGUAUUAAUCAUCACUAUUAUUAGUGCGGAAAAAUCUAGACUAGUAGAAAUUUGUAGGAAAAGAAAACAUCAAUUAUUCGUGUUACAAGUCACUAUUUACUUUAGAUAUCACUAUUUUCUUUAUUUCGAAUUUUUGACAUUUUUCCAUGCUAAAGGACGGGGGCGCUUAAGAUACAGAAUUGGCCCAUUGGUAAUUUACUUGGCUUACUAUACUAAUUUAUAUAUCAAUUGAUAGAGGAUGUUGAGGUUAGUAAUCGCUAUAAGUUUCAUGAAGUUCGCACAAAGCUUUCAUGAAUAAACCUUUUCCACAAUUUCAUAUAUUUUGGCCCAUUAUUAUAAGAGUUAGCUCUUUUAUAAUGGACUUUCUUCUUUAAUAAAAAGGGUUGAUAGAAUAUUACUUAUAUUGUGCAUUUAAAAGCUGCUUGAUUGGGCUUCAAUUUCAUCUUCAAACCACCAG